CCCUAAAUCCUAUCUCAAUUUCACACAGCAGCAACAAUGGUAGGAUUCGAAAUCGGUGCCGUGCCUUUCAAUCCCGAUGGCUGGGGUCCGCCGGAUUCCGCCACCGCCGGACUCUCCGUCCCCAACCACCCCUCCAAUGUUCCUUUUGCCCCCUUCUCCCGCUCGGAGAAAUUGGGGCGCAUUGCCGAUUGGACCCGAAACAUGAACAAUUCCGGCCGCCCCGGAUCCAAGCAGGGCGGCUAUCACGGCGCAGAUUCCGCCUUCGAUUUCUCCGGCGACGACUCCUUCGCCACCCUCGCCGCCGAUGAGGAUUCCUCCUUCCGCCUCGUCGACACAUCCGCCAAAUCGCACCACCACAACCCUAACCGCCCCAAAUUCAACCCUAGGUGGCGAUUCAACCCUCACCACGCCCGCUCGCAGCUCCCGCAGCGCCGCGACGAAGAGCAGGAGGCAAAGAAGCGAGAUGCCGAGAAGGAGCGCGCGCGCCGCGAUCGGCUGUACAACGCUAACCGCUCGCAGCCGCAGCGCCGCGAGUCAUCGGUGUUCAAGUCCUCCGUCGAUAUCCAGCCGGAAUGGAAUAUGUUGGAUCAAAUCCCCUUCUCGAGCUUCUCGAAGCUCUCCUUUUCGGUGCCGGAGCCUGAAGAUUUGUUGAUUUGCGGCGGCUUAGAGUUCUACGAUAGGUCUUACGAUCGGAUUACCCCGAAGAAUUCCCGUCCCUUGGAGCGAUUCAAAAGCCGCAAUUUCUUCAAGGUCACAACCACUGAUGAUCCUGUGAUUAGGCGUUUGGCAAAUGAGGAUAAAGCGACGGUUUUUGCUACUGAUUCAAUUUUGUCGACACUUAUGUGCGCUGCUAGAUCAGUUUACUCGUGGGAUAUUGUUGUCCAGCGCGUUGGAAACAAGCUAUUCCUUGAUAAGAGAGAUGGAUCGCAGCUUGAUUUGCUAGCCGUGCACGAGACGUCGCAGGAGCCAUUGCCUGAUACCAAGGAUGACAUCAAUUCCAUGCACUCUUUGAGCGUGGAAGCUGCUUAUAUCAACCUGAACUUCUCGCAGCAGGCUUUGAUCAGGGAUGCAAGCAAGGUGACUUUCGAAGAGCCCAACCCCUUUGCUAAUGAAGGCGAGGAAGUGGCUCCGGUUGCUUAUAGGUAUAGACGGUGGAAAAUGGCCGACGAUAUGUAUCUUGUCUCGAGAUGUGAGGUGCAGGGCGUGGUGGAUAUAAACAAUCAGAGGUCGUUCGUGACACUGAACGCAUUGAAUGAGUUUGAUCCUAAAUAUUCAGGUGUCGACUGGAGGCAGAAGCUCGAGACGCAGAGGGGUGCGGUUCUGGCAACUGAGUUGAAGAACAAUGCAAAUAAGUUGGCGAAAUGGACGACACAGGCUUUGCUGGCUGGUGCCGAUAUGAUGAAGUUGGGGUAUGUUUCUAGGGUUCACCCGAGGGAUCAUUUCAACCAUGUGAUAUUGGCAGUUGUGGGAUACAAACCAAAGGAUUUUGCUACGCAGAUUAAUCUGAAUACUUCGAACAUGUGGGGAAUUGUUAAGAGUAUUGUGGACUUGUGUAUGAAGUUGAAGGAGGGCAAAUAUGUUCUUGUUAAGGAUCCAUCGAAGCCGCAGGUGCGGAUUUACGAUGUGCCCCAGGAUGCUUUUGAUAAUGAUUAUGUAGAGGAGCCAUUGCCGGAGGACGAGCAGGUUCAGCCUCCAGCUGAGGAUGCAGAUGGUACUGAAGCAAGUGCUGCUGUUGAUGGAGCUGCCGAAGAUAAGGAGGUUGCCAAGGAAGUUGUUGCUGCUGCUUAAUGUCCGAAAAAUUUGGGCCUAUACUCAUUUUGUGAAGUAAACAUCCCCAUAAAAAGAGGUUAGUUUCUGUAUUGCACCAGUCAAGUAUAAGUAUAAACUGAGGUGGUUGCAAUAUGGAAGUAUUAAAUGUCAUGAUUGCAGUAGGAUUGUUUUAAAGGAGGUGAUAAUAUUCAUGAGGUGAUUGCGCUAUGAUAGUAUGAAAUGAGGGGACUGCAAUGAAAUAGUAUAGAGUAAGGUGACUGCCUCAGGGCAUAUAAAUAGUUUGGGUUGGCUAUGAUUUUAUAUUUUCUUAGCAACAGACUGGACUAGUAUCAUGUCAGACUAACAAUUAAGUAAUCAAUUCAAUAUAAAUGAAAGAUUUGACCCAAGUUUUGACAUGGUUUCGUGACUAAUGAAAUUCUCAGUCAGAAAUUUUUCUAAAAUUACUUUAUAUACACCAUUCAAAUUCCUUGUUUGGUGUUAUUACUGCUCUUCUAUCAACAAUUAAACCUAUGAACUAAACUAUAAAUUUAUUUGCUACUGUUUUUUCUUUGAUCUAUAUGUUUCUAAGGGUUUUCUCUGCUUUCAUGUGGCAUGAAUAUUUGAAUGAACUUGUUCUUUUCUGCAUAAGUACUAUUAAAUCCCACUUAAGAUGUUGUAAAUCCAUUUGCAUGAUGAUCAUUGGUGCUUGUCUUGAGCAUGCUUGCUGGUUUUGCAUAGUUUGAAACCUUUGAAUCAAGAGUGUUUCUACCAUGACCGUACCAAUAUGGUUGCAUCUCACAUUCCAUCAUCUUCCAUAAUUUAUGUUUGCUCUUUACA